AUGGGGCCUGAUAACCGCGCUGCGCCUCUGCCCCAUGGGACCGGCCCCUCCCCCUCCCAGCUCUCCGCCCGCCUUCAGAGCGCCUCUCCCGGGCUUGUGGGUGCUCCGCGGGGCCCUGGACUCAUGGGAAAGGUUUGUGAGAAUGACCUGCGAUCUACAGCAGCAUGUUUGCCGUAUAGGCGCAGCAGCAGUGGGCUAAAGCAGGGGGGGGGAGCCAAUCAGUGCCCUGCCCGCUAUCAGAGAGGGGCUUGUGGGGGAAACGGCCUGUGUAAGCCUGGCAGUGUGGAGGUGAGCAAAUGUUACAGCAGAAAUAAGCAAGUGCAGCCAAGCACAGAGAAGGCUGAUGGGCCGGAGCGCACCGCGAUAAAAAGCAAAGUGGAUCCGGUAUCUGCAGUUUUUCCCCCCGCGGACACGCCGAUGUCACAGCCAGGCACGGCAGGGGGGAUCUCUGAAGGAAGGGCCCUCAGCCACAGAGCAGGGGCCUCAGACGGGCAGCAGCUGGUGCAGGGGUGGGGGUCCGACGCUGGUGCACUGGUGCUGCCCCGAGGCUAUAAGGUCAAGGCAGCGGCCGGAGAAACACAUGAGGAUUGUUUUCACUGGAGCGAGAGCAAACAGCGCCGGACGAGCCCAGAGCUGACCCCGUAUUAA